AUGGUUCGAAUUAAGUUCACCGGGCCUCCGUCGACGGUCCAGGUACAGACUCCGCAGAAUCUCCAGUCCCUUGCCGCUGACAUCAGGCCUGUUGCUCGCAUCAGGGCACAAGAUGUGAUUGAAGCUUCCGCCAUUCUGAAGCUCCAAGAAAGCAUGCAUCUACAGCAACUGCAGAGCCUGGAGAUGGUCCAGAUCAUGCUACAUGUCUCGUUUGGAACACUCUUUUAUCUUCGGGAGUUUCUACCGCUUCCAUGUUUCGACGAUCGGGACUUGAGAGAAGCUCAACGUGAGGGCGACCUUUCUUAUCGACAGUUCAUUGACAAGCACACGCACAGAGAAGACCUCGCUUCCAAGGAAAAUGUACCAUUUGGCAGAGGCAAGAAAGGUCAGCCGCUGAAGAUCAUACUCCGGGGAUCAGAUCCCAAAGCGGAUAUGAUUCUUGAUAUUCUGGAAACCGGCAUCUUCGAUGCACUUAGCAAAAACGUGCUUGAAGCUGUUCAAUUGACCAUACUGGUCGACAAGGAUGCGCCCGAGAAUGUGCUAGAAUCAUACACAUUCUCCUUUAGAUACACAGGGGCGGAAGGUGAUGUCAAUACUCGCCUUGAAAGUUUAUCUCUCGAACCAAUGGGCUGUGUGACCGACAUGAAAACUGCACAGACAGCCCGGAUAGGCCUAGAGACGAUCGUACGGCGCUUGAUCACUCUUAGUGCCUUUCUUCCCACUCUACCGAACAAGAGAAGCUUAGGGGUUCAUCUUUUCUAUACGGAGGAUUGCCCUCCUGACUAUGAGCCCCCGGGGUUCAAUGGGGCCGAUGAUGAUACGAUCAAAUUCCCUCUCAGCGAAAACUGGAAAAGGGAAUCGCAGUCUUGUGGACAAAUGAACAGUGGACGGCAUACUGUUGGGCUUAAAGUCACCUCGCUCAAAUGGACCGGAUCCGAGCCCGAGGGAGCAGAACCGCUGCCUCAGAUACCUCUUGAUCUUGAGUUUAACGAUUCCGUACGAAGAACGAAAGAUAUUGGAUUUGAUGACAAAGAGGAUAUCUUGCGUACACUGGGAGGCAGUGGCAGUCUAUCUAUGGAGAACGGCUUACGCCAGGACACUGAUCUCUGCUCAUCUCUGUGCCAGAAAGCCGAGAACGAAAAAGUGUCGACGCAGGAUCUUGUGGAUAAGCAUCAAUUACGAAUGAUGCUACCUUCGCAAGGGACUGAGGGUUCGGAUGGUGAACUGGCACCUACACAGCCACUUAAACCUGGCACCGCAUUUGAGAAUGGCAUUGCGACGAAGUAUCAGAAGAUUGUCCUUACGGAAGAAAGCAGGCACAAAAUUAAGGAAUAUCUGCAUUCACACGACUCUACUGCUACGAGAACGGCUGAGGAUCACAAUAGUGUCAGAUGCCAAUGCGGCUGGGAUGGUGAAGAGGAGGCCAUGGCCCAAUGUGCCUUUUGUCAAACGCGCCAACAUUUGUUAUGCUAUGGAUACGAAGGUGCCCAUGACCCAAGAGUCCCCGACAUUCAUGCUUGCUAUCAAUGCUUGCUUAUGCCAGACGAACCUCAUAUACUCCAUCAAAUGAGUAGUUUAGUACUCUUAAGGAGAGCCGUGAGGAUCAUACUAAACGAGGGUUACCCCAAUAGAACGUCGUUAUUCACAGAGAAGCUUCAUUGCAACGGGCAGACCCUUGUCCAAAUUAUAGAUCUGCUGAAAAAGCGUAGACUCCUCCAGCCGACCCCGGGAAGUAAAGCCAAAGGAUUUCCACUGAAAGGUUUGCCCAGGUUCAUGUUCCCUAGCUCGGGGGACAUACAAGUCAGGCUACAAGCGGAGAUACUUAGCCCCAUGAUCAAGAUUCAGCAUCAUUAUGUCCAAGACAUCCCGCAGGACUCGCUUCAGCCAUCACAAGUAGUGACAAAUGAUGAGCUACAUAGCAUCACAAGAUCGUUUUCUCAGGAAGAUAAAUUGGAAGAAUCGCUUUUUGAUGCUCAAGAAAGCGGAAGGAAGACGCCGAUACCAAAGGAAAAAUCCACAAGCAUGGUAGCAGAAACCCGAAGUCGGAAGAGACUGGCGUCACUGGCAAACGAACAAAGCCAACCCCAUACCCCGAAACAUACUGCUCAUAAAGAUGCGUCCCCACCAAGACGAGUCAGUGAUCGAGUCUUGAGGAAAGACAGCAGGAACCAAGCCGAACAGCAAGUCAAGUCCGUCAAAAACGUAACUCCUCGCUCGAAGCAAACACCCAAUCGUCGGACUCCCAGCGAAGGCAGUCUACGCCGCAGCAACCGCAAGAGGCGCAAGAUCAGCAAUUACUCCAAACUUGUCGAUGUUGGCGCAGAGCAAUCUGAGAACGACAGUUCCUAG